GCCGGGAGAACGUGGUUGGCUGUAGUUUAUGGUGAUACAAUAACAGUAUCAAAAAACGCUAGAGUGAGUGACCAUUUGUUGAGACCGCCAGUGAAAGCGGUUACACGCCUACUCGGAAAAACAGAUCAUUCAUUAAUACUCUACAGUCAGGUGUUAAAUUAUUAUACCGUGGAUUAUUUAGCCCGCAGGAAUCGGACGCCUCCUCAGUGUUUUUAGCGAAAGGGUGAAGUAGUUUCUGUGGCACAACUACAGAAUGCGGUUUACUGGGAACAUAUAUGACCAUUUCUGAGCUGAAGCACACUCAGCCAUAGUUUGCUACAGAAAUGGUAUCGUUGACCAUUUUUCUGCCUCUGGAUCUUUUUCAAAGCACCUGAUUUUCUUACACUUGAGCAGGACCGAGUGGUUUUGACACAUUAGUAUGCAUGCUCGAGGAGCAACAUGUCUUUGUGCAUGAAUGCUGGGCAGUCAUAACUGAUCUGGGGAAAAACAAGGGGAAACUCCCCUUCGGAAGACUUCUGAACAAUGACCGGACCAAGCGCCACCAGCAGCGGCGGCUCAACGGCCAAGAUCAGCAGACACGGUCGGUCCAAGAGCACCAGUACCUACGGUCACACUACGGGUCUGGCGGCUGAAUCCUCCUCAUCCACUGCCGCAAACAACACCGGCAGGUCUUCCGGUGAGGAAGAGGAGAAAGACGGCGGGGUCCCGUUUUUCGUGAACAGGACGGGCUUUCCCAUAGACCCUGUCACCUGGGAGAGAAUGUGGUCACAUGUCACCAAAGUUCAUCCUGAUGGACAGGAGAUGGUGGAUAGAAUACGAAAUGCAACACACCUCCCUAAACACCCCGUGCCAUCGGUUCCAAACUUUAAGCCAUCGAUGUCUGUGCCUGAUUGGCUCCAUGCCGUCCAGAACUACAUGAGAAACUUGCAAUACAACCAUACGGGAACGCAGUUCUUUGAGAUUAAGAAAACCAGACCUCUGAGUGGGUUGAUGGAGACCGCCAGAGAGAUGAUACGAGAAUCACUUCCCAUCAAAUGCCUUGAAGCAGUUAUCCUUGGAAUCUACCUAACCAACGGUCUGACCUCUGUGGAACGGUUCCCCAUCAGCUUUAAGACCCAGUUCUCCGGCCACCAUUUCCAUCAUGUGGUGCUGGGCGUUUACUGUAACGGCCGAUAUGGCACUCUGGGUAUGAGUCGACGUACUGACCUUAUGGACAGAUCUCUGAGCUUCCGUACGCUCAGCGAGUUGGUGUUUGACUUUGAGGACUCGUACCGCCGCUACCAGCACACCAUGAAGAAGAUCAAAAUUGGCCUGUACGUGCCCCACAAUCCGCACGUUUUCCAGCCUAUUGAGUGGAACUAUCUGGUGAUCAACGCCUGCAAGCAGGGCCGUGAGGACAUGCGCAAAGAGCUGGAGAAGCAUGGCCGUGACAUGAGGAUGAAGAUCCUCAAGUCCUCCAGUGCUCAGUCUCCAAUCAAAGAACGAACCCGAGGCAAGUCUUUAUCACCACGCCGCCGAACAGGCAGCAGUCCCCAAAGACGCCAACAUGUCCACAGAAGAGACAAAUCGCCAGCAGCGCUGGACAGAAAGCCGGCAGAGCUCAGCACCCUCAGUGAUGGCUACCAGAUCCGCAUCUGAGACACUAAAAGCACCAGCUUUAUCCUCCACACGUUCUCCCUCAAUCAGAUCCACAGAUGAUGUUUUUAAACACUAUUUAAUGCACAUUGUGAACUGUACAGCAUAUUAAACAUAUUUAUAGUUGUACUUACAUGUUAGAGGGAAAUACCUUUUUAAAGUUAAAAACGAACAAAUGUUUUUAACAGAAUAUGAUAUUCCUUUACCAGCCAUCUUUUUUUUUUUUUUAAAUGGUGGAAAGUUUAUGAGUGAAGGAUAUCAAUUUUGCUUUAAAAGUGUUUUUUUUACUCUAGUAAUUGUCAAGCAUUUUAGAAGACAAAAAAGUUGUGACUGAAAUAUUCAAGCAAAUAUGGAAAAUGUGGGGAAAAGUCUCUAUUUUUGGACCGAAUCUCCACUAGCAGUGAGAGCAUGAGUGUGAAUGGAUUUUGCUUGGCAGAGAGAUGUAAACCUCAGUGCCUCGUGCUGUGGUGCUGGUAGUUUUGGAGGCUGACUGGCCCGGAGGAGAGAGAGGGCAUAAGCUUUUUUCGCCAGAGGCGUAAGGACACAAGAGAGCUACUCAUUCUGCCCAAAAGAACUCUAUUCAAUCCACUUUUCCUCGUUUUUUUGUUACCUGCAUACAUGGUAUGGAUGGAAUGGACAUGAUUUAUUGACGUUACCUUAUAUUGAAGGCUUUGUACUGUUUUUAUUUUCUGCAGUUGUAGAGAAAUAGUUACUUUUUUAAAGUAUUUAAACAUUUAUUUUUCUUGUUUUUACUGUUUGUUUAACCAGUACAGUAUUUUGUGGUUUUAUGUAUUUUUUUUUUAUUUUCUUUUAAACAAAGUCUCUCAGAGGUGUGAAAGUUGAUGUGCUAUUGAUUGACCCAUCCGUUGAAAAUAAUCCUAAACUUUCAACACAUUUAUUUGGAAAAUACAACCGAUUUCUUUUUAUUUUUUGUAGCGGCAGAGAUAUUAGCUUGGCUAAUGAACAUAAAUUAAGCAUAAGUGGGUUUUUAGGGAAUCGCUAAAGCAGAGUUACCCAAACUUUAAUAGGAAGGGCCAAAAAUCUAACUUUAAUUGAGGGCCAUGGGUCAAAAGUAAAUGCUGCAUUAUAUUCACUUACACAAAUUCACUUACAAAAAAAAAAAAGAAAACAGAAAUGAAGAUAUGCUAUUAUUUCUUGUUUUCCCCCAAUUUCCCCCCUAUUGUGACAUGACAUGGCUGACCAAAUCAAAGGUCAUCACAGGCCAACUUUGACCCAAGGGUCCUGGUUUGGGCAUCUCUGUCAUAAAGGGAUAUGGUGAUGGAAAAAAAAAAAUCAAUGCUUUUGUGUUCUUUAGUCUUUUGUGUUCAAAACUUUUAGAUUACCCUGAGAAACGUUGCUGUGAGUGAAUGCAAAAGCAUUGCAAUAUAAUUUUUAUGUGAAGUGGGAGGAAAAAAGUUUCUUGAGAAAAUGCAAAAGUUUUGCGAAGGCACCCAAAAGCAUUGAAAUGAGCCAUUUUCCUAUCGUCUCUCAUUUUUUCCAUCACCAGGCCCUCUUAUAAAACCCUGUAGGUUCUAACUAUAGGAUCACAACUACAAUCAUUCAAGUAUACACAAAAUAUCAUCUCUAUCAACAGCAUAUCACUUGAAUUUUCUCACCUCGUGAGAAUAAGCUAUGCACGUGGAGAAGGUCUGUGGAUCCGUCCUUUUUGACAGCAGACCUGUCUUUAAAAUUGUAGCAGUGACAUUGUUAGCAAUUUUUCACGGGUUGUAUGAGCGGUUGCUCUUUGAACGAUGUUUUUUGGGUGCUGAUGACUAAACUACCACAUUAUAGCUCAUUCUGCCUUGUAAUUGGUACCAGCUUUCUAUCAAAAGCAACUGAACCACACAAGUGCCAGACCAUUGAGUACGUCCAAUUCAUCCUUAGGGCUGAGGGUUUCAGACACAUGAAGAUGAAAGGUCAUAAGUUUCAGUGACAAAUCUAAUGCACCAUGUUGAAUUGCUCAGACUCAUUAUGGGAGAGAAGUGGUCUGCUGAUAAUUCAGCAUGUGAAGAACACCACAUUGUUACAGAUUUCUAUCAUUUAUAACUUGUUUGGUAACUGAUCAGAUGUGUGAAAUUGUGAGUGAACUUUUUAUGGCAGAUAACGUCAAGUAUUAGUUGUUUAAAAAUGGCUUUCUGAUUUUAAGGAAAUGCAAUGAUUUCCGCUCAAAGGUGCUAAGAUGAGACAUUUUACCCAUUAUUAUAAAAUUCAAUUAUUUUAGCAUUCUUUUUAUGAUUAAAGAGCACAUUAAACUGACGUUUCUGUAGCACAAUGAUUACUCUGUACUGAAUUACAAGAUACACGUUUAAUGGUAUGUAUAAGCCUACCAAAAAAUUCAUAACUGAAAUGGAUAUUCAUGAGAUUAUAGUUGCUUUUGUGGAAUUGUUGUUUCCAUGUCUAAUACAGGCUUGUCUGAAAAUACAAUCAGUUUUGAUGAAUAAGUAGACUAAUCAAAAUUUUAAGGGAAAUGUUUUUCUCAGUAAGAAUGUUAAUGAUGACACUUUGUUAUGAAGACCUCAACUCAAACUUGUCCCCAGUUUUCUCUUCAUAUGUUUCGUAUUAUAAAUGUAUCGCCUAAAUAAGGACCUUAUCAAAUUCAAUUAACCCUCAACUGUUUUACACACAUUUUUCCUAAGCCUUACCUCAGCUUGCACCGUCAAUCCUCUUUUCUGUCAUAAAUUUAUGUCUGGGUCACCUCAGUUGCCCCAUGAGGAAACAUUAAUGUAAUUUGUUCAUCCCUCUGUAGCAUGUUUUAAUAAAACUAUGUUUUUCUGUAGGCUAAGUCUGUGACUGGCAGUUUA